CGCACGUCACCAACGUCGUCGCCCUGGGCGGUACGCGAACGCAAUACGAUCGGCGGAGACACUGACGAGUUUUCACACGCGCCGAACACGACCGUCGUCGUCCGCUCCGUGUCCCGGGCGCCCCGGCGGCGUUCCGGCGUGGUCACCGCCGGUGUUUACCGCCAGCUCGCGGUCGUAUCCGAGAACACAGGAGACCCGAAAACAGGUGUACGAACUCGCCGCCGGAUAUUGGACGCGUCCGUCCGUCCGUCCGCCCGUGCAGCGACGAUGGCCUGCUGCGGCCGGCGGGCCCACCGAUGGAACACGUCACCGCCGCCGGCGACCACCGCGACCGGUUCGGUAUGGCCGCCGUUGCCGCCGCCGCCGCCGCCAUUGCCGUCUCGGAAACAGCCGCAGCCAUGUUAGUGGCCACCGUGGUGUCCAUGUGGGUGCUGAGCGCCAUGGCCGUCACCGUCCGGCACGGCCGGUCUAGGAUGGCCAGGUGGGCACAACAACAGCACAACGACCUGCAACUGCCGGUGGUGGCCAACAGCGCGUCCGCGUCGUCGGCGACGGUGGCCACGACGACCGCAGCCAUGGCCGCCGUCGACGGACUUUUGCACGACCCGGGCGGCGGGACGUCCGGGCCGCUGCCGCUGCCGCCGUCGCUGGCGUCGAACGAGUUCGGACAGCAGCAACAGCACCGGCACAAGGCCAACUCGCUGCUCCGCAUCGUCGAGUCGCAACAGCAGUUGGGCGACAACUGCACCGCCGGCACCGACCUGAACAUGGGCGAAGGGGUCGUGGACAGAUACGCUCAGGAACGGUUCAGGGUAAUGGCUAAUGUAGCCGUGAAUCGAGCUAACAUGUUGACGAGAAUCUGGAAGUAUGGAGACCCCGAAGUAACAGCUUCUGAAUAUUUACUUCACGCCGGAGUUAUAUCUAUGGUAGAGUUCGACAACGAUAUAUUUGCCGCCGGGAACUGCUAUGACCAAGAACAAUACAAAAAAUAUUGGCUGUUUUGUCCAUACGCAUACAGACUUCCGGACGGCGAAGGAAUAUUGGCUAAAGAUUUGGCUGUUGAGUAUAACUAUUUAUCGAACACCAGCGAAUGGUUUUACAUAGCUCGACAUAAAGCACAAGGCGUGAUCGCUAAGAAUAAUCAAUACAGCCACGCAUUUAACUCUUAUACUUGGAAUGAUACAGCUCAUACAGAUUGGAUACCUGAUGACGUGUUAACAGUGACGUACGAAGAUGGUAAAUGGAGUAAACCCUACUACGAUUGUGGUGGUGGAAAUAUUUGGAUGCUCACGUACACUGUACCAUUUUUUGGCUACAAAGAUGGAAAAUACUUUUUCAAAGGUACCAGUGGAAUUGAUAUUGAUUUGAGAAGGGUUGACAUUGAUCAGUGUCCUUUGCCACCAGGAAGUAAUCAUUUUAACAUAUUCGCUUCAUCUGACAAAUGUAAAAAACAAACUACUUAUUGUGUUCCUGUUUCGGGUUUGGGGUUUCGAAGAGGGAGUUACAAAUGUAUGUGCCGUCGAGGUUAUUACUUCCCCGCUCCCAAAUACGUUGGGCAUCCCGGAAACAGGUAUUUCAAUGGAGUCAUUAUUGAAGAGGAGUAUGAAAAAUUGAUGCAGGGGAAACCAAAUAACUACAGCCAACAUAGCAUGUUCGAGUGUUUGCGAUGUGCCGAAGGAUGCGACGAGUGCAUUGACUCCAGUCCUUGUAUAGCGUCCUUAAACUGGGUACUCCGUUCAAUUAUACUAGUGCUCUCUCUGGUGAUUAUAGGAUGCCUUCCGCUGGUCGUGUUCUUUACGUGGAAAUACGGACAUCUAAAAGUGGUUCGAGCAGCUAGUCCUGCAUUGCUAAGAGUUAUUGCUCUUGGAGCGUUCUUCAUAUAUGCCACGAUGAUUGUAAUGUAUCCAAAACCAAAUGUGAUUACUUGUAUUGCUCGUGUUUGGCUUCGAGAAAUCGGAUUCUCACUCACCUAUGGAGCUUUAAUGCUCAAGACAUGGAGGAUAUCAGUUAUAUUUAGGGUGAGAUCAGCAAAAGUUGUGAAAAUCACCGACAAGGACUUACUAAAGAGACUUGGACUAAUGAUGGCGGUAGUUGGCUUAAUAAUGCUAAUAAGAACUCUGGUCAACCCACCAUACGUUAUAGUAGGUAGAACAGCAGAUAAUUUAAAGACAGAUCUGUGUCCAACUGGAUGGUGGGACAGAUUCUUUUCAAUAUUGGAAGUAUUAUUUCUAGUUUGGGGUAUCCGUCUUUGUAUUGUUGUACGAAAAGCACCAUCAGAAUUCAACGAGAGUCGAUUCAUGUCAAUGGCAAUCUACAAUGAAUUUAUUCUCUCAGUCUUCCUUAAUGUAUCAAUGUUUUUUCUACAGUCACCGGCUAACCCUGACUUGCAGUAUAUCAUUUUCUUCUGUCACACUCAACUCACAGUCACAACUCUACUAGGAUUUAUAUUCGCUAGUAAGGCGUACUUAGUGAUGAGAGGCGAAGAAGCAAAUGAUGACGACGGACAUAUAAAGAGCAUUAAAGUGACUGGUGGUAGUAGAAUGUUUAGUAAACAGACUAGAAAUUCAAACAAAGCUAAUAACUCGACAUUUUGUGGUUUAGAAGAGUCUAGUACCGACUUUGUGUUAACGGAAACAGACGCGCAAGAAGAAUUUGCUCAACUCUUCAGGCAGCUGGAUGCGCUCAAGGACAAAAACUUGAGGCUUGGUAAUCGGCAUUUGGCCGAAAAGAUAUCGGCUAUGCAAGAGGUGAGCAAACGCGUUGUCUGGUCGACCAAUAUUGAAAAAAAACCAUCGGCUGCAGUUGUCAGUGGUUACGCGUUCACCAACCACCACCUUGGUUGUAGUCACCCAGUUAGUGGUAGCCAAAAAUCAUUGGUCGUCAAUCAAAAUGGCAAGAAACCGUUUAUGAAGGAAGUGACGGUGUGAUGUGCAUUAUAAUUUUACGUCCAGAGGCUACAUCUGCAAUAAUUAUUCUACCAAUCAGUUGUUCGUGACUUCGACUUCAGCAGAACAUUUCGAUAACCUUAAUAUGUAUGGUUAAGCAUUCAAGAAAAUAAUUAAAUAUAACCGUUCGCGUUGCACAUGAGCUGUCGUCGAUUUAAAGCCUAUUUUUAAUACAAUGUAUAAAAAUACUAAUUUAUUGUUAAAAUGUUAUAAUGUUAUUGUAUGUAUUUUUUAAUGUCAGUGUGCCUAAAAUUAUUAUCAGAAAUUAUAGUUUUCAAAUCAAUGAAUCUUUAAGUAUGUCAAAACAAUAUGGCAAUAUUUAUUAUUUUCGAUCUUUGAUCAGAAUAAAAUACUAUUUUCACCAUUUGUAUGUGCAUUUAUGUAUACAUAAACAUUUUUGUAUUUGAUUUAAUUCGGUUUUAAUUAUAGAUAAAGUUGUUCACUGUUAUACAUAGUAUACCUUUUAUACGCAAAAUGAAAUCGUAGAACGCUCACAUCACUUCAUUAUCAAAAAUGCAACUAGUUAUUUUUUCGUUGUAAAAACUUAAUUAAAAAUUAAAAAUGUUGACAAAAGGUGAUUUAUCUUAUUAUUUUAUUUAAUAUAAAACAAAUACAUGGCUCAAUUUAAAUAUAAAAUCUUCAGUUUAGGUUAUAUAAAUAGAACAAAUAUGGAUACCGGACACCCUUUUUCAAAACCUCUGUCUAUCUAAUUUAGAUUAAGAUAAGUUAGUUCUUUAAGUUAAUUAUAUUGAAAUGCACUGAAUUUAAAACUGUAAAAAGUUUAUCUAGACGCAUACCCUUAUUGGACUAUAAGUAUAUUAUCAACGAUGGCGUCAGUUAUCUAACUUAAGUUAAGUUACUUAACUAAUAACACUAUAACAGACAUUGUGUAUACCUAACAAUACGAUUUUUAAGUCUCUAUCUGCAUAAUUUAAUUUUUUCGAAUUGUAUUUUAGAAAAAUGUACUGUGGUAUAUAGU